AUGAUCCAAGGAGGUGACUUCACUCGUGGGGAUGGAACUGGCGGAGAAUCUAUCUACGGCCUCAAAUUCUCUGACGAGAACUUCAAAAUCAAGCACACGGGCCCUGGUAAUUUGCCAAUCUUCACCAUCAAAUCCGUCAAACCUCUCUCUCUCUCUCUCUCUCUCUCUCUCUCUCUCUCUCUCUCUCUCUCUCUCUCUCUCUCUCUCUCUCUCUCUAUCUAUCUAUCUAUCUAUCUAUCUAUCUAUCUAUCUAUCUAUCUAUCUAUCUAUCUAUAUAUAUAUAUAUAUAUAUAUGUAUUUCGUGUGAUGCUCGUCAAGCAGUGAUCCAUCCAUCAAACUUCCCUCUCUUCAACCAUGUUCAUUAGAAAAAAAAAGCCCAACGUUCUGCAAUAAAAUAUGAAUAUCUGGGGAUCUUUUCUCUUGGAACAGGGAUUCUCUCAAUGGCCAACGCCGGCCCGGACACCAAUGGAUCGCAGUUCUUCAUCACCACUGUCACAACCAGCUGGUAAUGACCGGCCCCACCUUGCCCGCCUCUGUUUUCUCUUGUGGAACUCCUCGUGACAUGAUCUUUGGCAGGUUGGAUGGCCGCCAUGUCGUCUUCGGCAAGGUGCUGUCCGGGAUGGACGUGGUGUACAAGGUUGAGGCGGAGGGACGGCAGAGUGGAACCCCGAAGAGCAAAGUGGUGAUUGCCGACAGCGGGGAGCUGCCUCUGUGA